UGUGGUUUAAUGUUAUAGUUGGAAAUGUUUCAGUCCUGGACAAGAAUUAAAUUAGUCAUCAUUUGGACUCGGUGUUGUCUCAGUCCUGGUAUCUUUUGGACUCGGUGUUGUCUCAGUCCUGGUAUCUUUUGGACUCGGUGUUGUCUCAGUCCUGGUAUCCUUUGGACUCGCUGCUGUCUCAGUCCUGGUAUCCUUUGGACUCGCUGCUGUCUCAGUCCUGGUAUCAUUUGGACUCGCUGCUGUCUCAGUCCUGGGACGGUGUGGAUGCAGCGGAUCAUGACUCUGCUGUAUGAGGAGCAUUUCCCAGAGUCAAAGAAUCAGAUGACGUUUCAGCAGAUGCCGUGGCUGGAGUUUCUGCUGCAAGGAGAUGAUUAUAACAUCCGUGCAUCACCCAGACUCUUCUGCUCCCACCUCCACGAGCACCUGAUGCCCCACGGCCUGCAGGGGAAAGGCAAGAUCAUCUACGUCACCAGGAACCCCAAAGACAUUAUGGUCUCAUACUUCCACUUCUCUCAGAUCAUGAAGCAGCUGGAGUGUCUGGACUCGUUUAAUGACAUGCUGGACAAGUUCUUCACUGGAUGGAUGUUGGGCGGCUGCUGGUUUGACCACGUUAGAGGAUGGUGCACCAACAAGGACAAGUACAACAUUCUGUUUCUCAGCUAUAAGGAGAUGAUCAAGGUGAGGCUUUCAGCACAGCUUAAAUCCACCGGUUCUCAUGCUAAGUAGACAUUAAUCUAAACACUUCAAUUUCCAGUCAAAACAGCAACCGUUAGGCAUGAGGUAGGAGUUUCCAAAACUGGAGUUCAAAAUCUACAGAGAAAAGCUCAAGAGAAAAUGUUCCUCCUAACAACCACCUGGAAGAGCUGGUAGCCACCAAAACUGCCCCCAUCAGAUAAACAGCACUGAAAG